GCCCACAUGCUCGAGACCCGCCUGGUGGACCCCAGCAGCUACCGCACCAGCAGCGAGGACAGCGGCAGAGGCGGCAGCGGGGGUUCGAGCAGCAGCAGUAGAGCCGACAGCCUGAUGGACCAGCGGCUUCCCUCCUGACGGGGCACGUGCCAGGAUCGACAACAAGCUGUCGACGAUGCAGAAGGCACUCGACACCAACUCCAUCUCCGCUGCGCCGGAUGAGCUUAUCGCCGCCGCCUCCGAGAGCUACCGCGUGGGCGUGAAGGUUCCGAGGGAGCAGGUGCUGGAGAAGACGCCAGUCCUCGACCAGCUGCAAGAAUCCGUGGACUCUUUACGCGAGUCCGUGAGCUCCAUGGACCGCCGGCUGCAGUUCCACAUGGCCUACGUCUCCGGGGACCUCGAGACGCUCUCAGGAUCGGUGAGGGACAUCCACGACGCCAUCCUGGAGGAGCAGCAUCCUACCACCAUGCACACGGUGCCUCCCGGAAGCAAUACGACCCGCCAGUCAGCUCCUCUGAACAAGAUUGACUCCCUCGUGAACAAGAUGUCCCCCAUGGAAACAGUGUGGGAGAAAAUGGAAGAGGUGUGGGACGUCGUGGUUGGCACCAAGAGUUCCGUCGACGUGCUGGUGCCAAAGAGCGAGGCACUCCUGAACACGUCGCAGAGACAGGAGAGGGCCAUCUCGACCAUCCAAUCCGACCUCACAGAAAAGGCUAAUCGCAUUAUCCACAAUCUUGGACAGGUCGAGGAGCGCCUGAAGACGAUGCCCGUGGACGGAAAGCCCCAACGUGACCACAUCAACCCCGUGUCCCUUCUCCACCGCUCGACCCAAGGCCACGUGCAGGACGACGCACCCAUCGAGAUAGACCCGCCCUUCGACCUCCUGGACCAAGCUUCCUUACAGACCUAUUUACUGGAGAGGAAUGUAACAGAUGCGCCCACCACCACUGAGAGAACGCCCGUGGGUCCCUCCGGCUUGGUGUUCCCAUCCGUUCAGAAGAAGCCGGUGAUUCUCAACACCACGUUCAUGAUCAACGAACUGAACGACCAGAAGAAGCAAGGGUAUUCGUGCGGUGACCUCAGCAAGAGAGGCAUGGUAGAGAGUGGGACUUACUAUCUCAAGAUCCGUGGAACAACUUACUGGUUCUUGAAGGUCUACUGCGAUAUGGACACUGCUGGAGGUGGAUGGACGGUGAUCCAACGCCGCGACGACUACGGCGAGCCCCGCGAGACCUUCAACCGCGAGUGGGACGACUACAAGCACGGAUUCGGCAACCCAGAGGCGGAGUUCUGGCUCGGGAACGAAAACAUCUACAUGCUCACCAACACGGACGACUACGUACUGAGGGUCGAGCUGGAGGACUUCGACGGAAAUAGGAGAUACGCCGAGUAUUCAACGUUCAAACUGCACAGCGAGCAAGAGAUGUACAAACUGGAGAUUGGUGGCUAUUCGGGCAACGCAGGGGACUCCCUCAACGACCCGUGGUAUGGGUCCAAUCUCAGCCCAUUCUCUACUGUCAACAGAGACAACGACCGAUCGAGCCUCAACUGCGCGUCCAUGCUGAAGGGGGGGUGGUGGUGGAGAUCCUGUGGCAGAGGACUCAAUGGUCUCUACCUGACGGAUCCCAAUGACUUGUCGGCUCGGCAAGGAAUCGUGUGGUUCAGAUGGAGAGGCUGGGACUACACCCUCAAGAAAUCCGUCCUCAUGAUCAGACCCAAAACCCACAGUAAGGGAAACCAACAGUCGUAAGAAAAAAAGAAGACGAAAAAAAGAAAAAAGGAAAAAAAUAAAAUAUAUAGAGGAAAAGGAACUUAAAGGAACUCCGAGAGAGAACACUAUGUCUUGGGAUUGACUGAAAGAGAGUGAUAACUGAACUAUUAGAUGCACCUUUUUUUUUUGUAUCCAACUCGUGAAUUGUUAUUGAAAUAUUGGCACUUUCGGGGUUGAUUUUAUAAUCGCUUGUAGGGGAUUAAUGCAGGUGCAGACGAAAAAGAAAAAAAAAAUUGUAAAAAAAA